GUGCCGCUGAAGGAGAAGUGCGUGGAGUUCAUCUGCACGGAUGAGAGCUGGAAGGCGCCCCACAUUGCCAGAAAGCUGCCCGCACUGCCCAUUGAGGUGAUCGAGCGCAUCUUGCUGUACCUACAUCGCACGGAGCGGCUCACGCUCGAAGCCCUGGAAUUCUUCAAAGCAUUCCCCGUAGAGACGCUGUUCCUCUCCAACAUCAGGGCGGUCGAGGACACCUGGCUGGACGUGCUCAAGGGCUACUCGUCGCUCACCUAUCUGGACCUCUCCAACUCCUAUCGCAUCACAGACACUGGACUGGCAGAAUGUCUGAAGUGCAUGCCGCAGUUGCGUUCUCUGUUCGUCGAUCGAUGCAAGCGGAUCACCGAUGCGGGCCUCGCCCCUCUCGGUACCCACUGCCCCAACUUGCGUAGGGUCCACGUCGGCGGCACCAUGAUCACCUACUACGCCCUCGCCGCCCUCAACUCCCUCGAAGACCUCCAGGACGUCUCCGUGAAUGGCACGCGAUUCCCGGACAAGGCGCUCUACACGCUGCUCAAGCGCAAGGAGGCGCCGGACUCGUGGGCGGAGGAGGACUACGGUGAGGUGCGCCAGUUGACCGACUUCCAGGCCUCGAGGACGCUCGUGCGCGAUGACGGCGUGCGGCUGCUCAAGGGCCUCGGCGCGUCGCUUCACACGCUCAACCUGGCCUUCAACCCGGGCAUCGCCGACUGGUCCUUCCUCGGCUCCCUCGCCUCGCUCACCCACCUCGACAUCUCGCUCAACGUCGGCUUCACCGAUCAGUUCGCGGCUGACGUGGGCAAGCUGUCGUCGCUGACGCUGCUCAACCUCUCCAAGACCGAGCUCACUGAUGAAGGCAUCCCAGCGCUGAUGGAGCUGUCUCAGCUGCGUUCGCUCGACGUGGGCAAGACCGCCAUCACCCACCGCGCGCUCGGGCCGGGACUGGCAAAGCUGCCGAAUCUGACUGCGCUUUCGCUGCCCUACACCAACGUCGGGGGGAAGUUCUCGCGCUACUUGACGGUCCUCCACCGGCUCACCUCCUUCAAGACCACCGGCCUCCUGGAGCUGGCCAAGGGCCGCUAUCCGCACCUCACGGCGCUCGACGUGGGCUGCGACCAGCUCACCGAUUCGGGUCUCGCCCACAUCGGGGAGCUGGCGGCGUUGCGUAACUUCAACAUGUGGAACACCAAGGUGACCAACCAGGGAGCGGAGCUGGUGCAGCAGCUGACCGGGCUGGUUCUGGACGACCUCAUGAACACCUCCCAGGGCACCUACCUCUUCGUACGCAAGUAG